AAAAUAACGAGGACUUGAAUUGUUUUGUUGUACACAUAAGUAUCAGAAACCACAGAAAACAUACAGGGACCCGUACGAUGUAUUGGCAUCGCAUUAGGAUUAGGGAACCCAAUCAGUAAACAGAAAUAGUAUCAAAAAUAUUAAUACGGAACCUAUGUAAGUAGAAUCUAAAACUGUGUACCUCGUAAAGUAAACCUUGAUACAUGUAGAUAAGGAUUUAUUUUCAGUGGAUGUAGGUAAGGAUUUAGAUGUAGGUAGAUAUAUACAAAGUUUAUUUUCUUAAUUCCAUAAUAUAAUCAGUAGGUACUAGAUACCGGCAUUAUUGAUACUGAUAAUGUAUCAAAGUUUUCCGCAAAUCUGAGUGAUGUAAGUACCUACCGAUAUAGCAGUAUUGUGAUCUAUUACGGCAAAUUCCAUGUUGCUGUUAUUGAUACAAGUCUUCGAAUCUUAGCAUUCAUAAUAUAAAACCAUAAAAUAAUAUUAUCUUAUAAUAUUUAGUUAAACUAAAUAUUGUUACUUUAGUUAUUAUUUGUUACUAGCUUCUUAUGUGUUGUGUCUCCAGUAUCACGAUACAGGAGAAAAUCGUAAUGUGACGUAAUGUCUAAAAAAAAAAUACUAUUCAUUGUAACUACGUACACACAGCUUCACUAUCAUAACUGAAGUAUUGGAGAUCAAAUCUUCAGAAACAUUUAAAGACAAAGUUGUCAGGAAGUUAAGGCAGUUGUCCCACCGGCAACGAUGAACGAGUAACGAGUAGAGCUAGAACGAGAAACGAGUGAAAACAAAAACAAACAAGUGAAGCGAGCACUCGCUGGCAGUGUGAACAGUCAGCGAUCAACUAUUUGUAUAUGCAUCUCUUUUGUUUACACGGAAAGUAUAUCUAUUGUACGUUUCUUGAGCGAGAAAAUAGCCGAUAGUUAGUCGUUCACUCGCCGUUGGUGGGACAACUGCCUUAAAUGUAAAGAAAAUGUUUGUUUUUGUUUCACGUACACACAGGCGCGUUAUUAUCGGUCGAUAAUAUCGCAUGCGGUGUUGCGAUAGUGUCCCGAUACCUUGCACACAGCUGCGAUUUUAUCGUCCGGUAUCGAGCGAGACGGCACUAUUUACCAUCUCUCUCUGGCAUGCCAAAAAGAACGCAGCGCGCACGGCACAUGCAAGGCGGACUCCAACAAGUCAGCGCGUAUUUGUGCGUUCUUUCUCUUUAACAAUGAAUAUCGAAUUAUUCAUAGCUUUAGUGAAGGAACGACCUGUUUUAUAUGAUGUACGAAAUCCACUAUAUAAAGAUAAAAGGGAGAAGAAUAAAAAAUGGAGGGAAAUAUGCACAGCGAUGGAUAUAACUAUUGAAGUUGCGAAGAACAAAUGGAAAAAUUUAAAGGAUUGUUUGACAAAGCACCUCAAAGGUACAACGACUACUGCGGGACAAGCAUCAACAAAGUAUGUUCACUGGCAGUGGGCGAAGCACAUGGCAUUCAUGAAACCACACUUAAACUUCGCGUCAACAAAUACGAGCCUGGAACAACAGUCGAGCACAGAUGUACAAGACUCUCAGUUGAGAUCAGAUGCACAAGGUAACCAGUCGAGCUCGAGCUUACAAGGAACGCAUGCGAGGUCCCAUAGACAUAGCCAGAGAAGACGUCAGAUAUCUUCGGAUAGUGAGAACACGCUUUCCCAUACGGACAGAAUUAUUCAAUAUUUAGAAAAUAAGAAAACUAACUGCGAUGCCACGGAACUGAUCUUUAAAGGCUAUGCAAGAUUAAUUAAACAAUUUUCGAUACAACGCCAGGCUCGGAUCAAGAUGAACAUCGCUAAGAUGAUUGCGGAGGAAGAGGUCGCCCACCAUGAGGAAACUAUGUCACGACUCAACCAACCACCACCACAUCACUCACCCUCACCGGUCGGGAACACAUCACGCAGCUCAUUAUCACCAGAUCAGAAUGCAUGAGCGAACAGAUGAACAUACACACAUACCAGUCAGCACGGUAGUAUCUAAGGUAAAAAUUACCUUAAAUACUACCUCACUUUCCUGUUCUCUCGCUCGUUCGAUCGAACAGUUGCCUAAAAUAUCGUAGGUAGUUACUUGAUUUUUUUUUUCAA